GCAGUCCUGACCUGGGCGCUGAGGACCGUGGAGACGCUGAGGUGUCCCAGGGCCUUCAGGAGCAAACACCGGGAAGCAGAGGAUUAAAAAUGGCAAACUCCUGUGCAUCAAAGACCUUCACUGCACUUUCAGAUCUGCAUCCAAAUAUGGCUAAUCUGAAAAUAAUCGGUAUAGUUAUUGGGAAAACAGAUGUCAAAGGCUUUCCAGACAGAAAAAAUAUUGGAUCAGAAAGAUACACUUUCAGCUUUACCAUUCGUGAUUCACCGGCCCAUUUUGUAAACACAACAUCCUGGGGCCAUGAAGAUUACAUCAGGUCACUCUCUGACAGCUUUAGGGUUGGUGAAUGUGUGGUGAUUGAAAAUCCCCUGAUCCAAAGAAAGGAAAUAGAAAGAGAAGAAAAGUUCAACCCUGCAACUCCUAGCAACUAUAAACUGUUGCUCAGUGAGAAUCACUCAAUGGUAAAAGUUUGUUCCAGUUAUGAGGUGGAUGCCAAGUUGCUUUCUUUGAUACAUUUACCUGUUAAAGAGUCUCGAGAUUAUUAUUCAUUGGGUGACAUUGUUGCAAAUGGACACAGUCUUGAUGGGAAGAUUAUCAAUGUGCUUGCAGCUGUGAGAUCGGUUGGAGAACCAAAAUAUUUUACAACUUCAGACCGAAGAAAAGGCCAGAGGUGUGAAAUCAAACUCUAUGAUGAGACAGAACCGUCUUUCACAUUGACAUGUUGGGAUAAUGAAUCUAUUCUACUUGCACAGAGGUGGAUGCCACAGGAAACAGUAAUAUUUGCCUCAGAUGUAAGAAUAAACUUUGACAAAUUUCGGAACUGCAUGACAGCAACUGUGAUCUCAAAAACCAUUAUUACGACUAAUCCAGACACACCAGAAGCUAACAUCCUAAUGAAUUUUGUAAGAGAAAAUAAAGAAACAAAAGUUGUGGCUGAUGAGAUUGACACUUAUUUGAAAGAAUCCAUAAAUUUGAAUACAAUAGUUGAUGUCUAUACAGUUGAACAGCUAAAGGCUAAAGCUUUGAGGAAUGAAAGAAAACUGGAUCCUUUCUAUGGCAUUCUUUAUGCUUACAUUUCUACACUGAACAUCGACCAUGAAACCAUGAAAGUAGUUCGAAAUAGAUGUUCCAGCUGUGGUUAUGUUCUUAAUGAAGCAUCCAAUGCUUGUACAACUUGCAACAAAGGUUCUUCAGGAUUUAGAUCUGUUUUUCCCAGCUUCCACAUGYUGGUUGAUCUUACUGACCACACAGGUACCCUCCAUUCCUGUAGUCUCACAGGAAGUGUUGCUGAGGAGACCUUGGGCUGCACGUUUGUUUUGUCGCACAGAGCCAGGGGUGGACUGAGAAUCAGCAUACUCUCAUGUAAGCUUGCAGAUCCUGCUGAGGCAAGUAGGAAUUUGUCUGGACAAGGACAUGUGUAA